CUGAACCUUUGCCUUUUGCUUCACCUAAGCAUUUGAAACUUUUUCUUCGUCUGAACCUUCGAAACUGCCAACGUUCGGUAGUUUGUAUUGAAACAAUAUCAAAAUGAAGUUCAUAGAGUUAUGGUGUUUUUUAGCUUUCAUCACUUCAAGCAUUCUGAAUGAAAAAGGAGUUGCAGGAGCUGGUGAUUUCCGGUACGUGACAGGGUACGCCGGCCUCAACUACACCGGAGACUACUACCAGUUCACCGACUACACGCCCGACCUCAGCGUCGUGCAGAUGGACAACACCAUCGAGAGUGGCUGUGGUAUUGGAUUGUGGCUGCUCUACGACGCAGUGAACUACGACCCGCUCGCCGAUGAAAGUGAAUGCACAUUUCGGUCAAUUGGCGAGUGCCGAAAUUGGGACUUUCAGUGCCGAAACAUGAUAUCGUCGCUGAGAUACGCAGGAAGUCCGUACGGCCUUAACGACAACUACUACAACCUGUACGAAGGGACUCUCUUCAAGGGCAGGGAGUUCAGAGGCAACACAGACGCCGCUGAUUUGGGGGAUUUGGACAUGGCCGUGUCGUCUCUCAUCGUGACCGGACAGUCGGGGUGGACGUUCUACACCGACGUCAACUUCACGGGAUUCAGCGCUUGCGUGUACGCGGAUGAACAUUACACUAACGGGGACAUCGUUCAUGACUACGCACGUGUCCAAUAUAUGAGUCAGCUCGGUCUGCCCGACAACUCCAUCAGGUCUGUGGCGCGGGGCUGCCUCAGCGAGCGCGUGCUGGGCCAUCCCGGCGGUGAACGCAGCGGUCAAGACGCCAGCGACUGAACAGAUGCGCGUGGUGUUCCAUGCACGCGUGUGGUUCACAUGCAUAUAGUAGAUUACAGUAGAAUACACGCCAAAAGUAUAACGUAAGCAUAUCCGUUGCAUGGGUGCGGUAUACUAGUGUUGAGAUAAGGUAGUGCGUCAUGAUGACCCACUUAAAUGUGUUAACUGAACUUUUUUGAAUAUGGGAAUACUAUCCACUCACUCGCUCGCUUGUGUGGCGGCAUUGAAUCACCUUCGAGUGACAAGACUAGGUCAUUAAGUUCCUCUAAAGGCCAAGUGGGUCAUAAAUUAUGUUCAUUCAUGGUCAAGCCACUCGCUCAUCCAUGUUAAAUAUUCUGACUCACUCGAUUCUGAUCCACUCUUCAUUGGCGUGUGAGCUUCUUGCCUGCUAUCUCAUUUGAUCGGGCGUUCAUCUAAUUGCAAUCAAUUUACAAUUUUUUUUGUAUUACUUUCUGAAUACUUAAAUUACAAUAUAAACGAUUAUUAUUCGAGCUUUAUAGUACAUAUGACGUCCCGUUGUUCCAUUUUCAGGUUUUCAGAGUGUUUUAGAAUUACGAUUUAAGUGCUCACCAUAAUUAUUUGU